AUGGCGACCUCGAUUACCCUGACAUGCGCGAUCUUUAUGCUUUAUGUGAUUAUGUGCCGGCCAGUGCAAGCCCAGAAACCGGCCAUUAUCAACCUGGAGCCUAUUAUUAGGUCCGGAGAUGGCAACAAGCCGGCCGCGGGCAGCAGAAGGACUGGCGGCGGCAACACGCCAAGUGAUCUGAUCCCAAGCACACCGGUGGCAAGCGGCGUCGAAGCCGUUGCGUCCGCGCUGCGAACUAUCGGCGCCAGCCAGAAAACCAUCGACAGCAUCGCCGCAGCGCUUCCCAACGACAGUGAGCAUUACGUAUCACAAAUAAUACGUCUAGCAAGGCUAUAG